CGCACUCAUAUUGACAACUAAUCAGUUUUCUUUAAUUUUAUUUUCUUCGUGAUUUUAAUUAAUUAUCGUGCAAAAUGACUGCAAAUUUACAGAUUUCACAGUUGGUGGUAAACCGACUUAAAAACUUAAAGGAUGUCUGUGGAGGUGGAUUGUUUGGCUUGAUGUAUUCAAAAAACUUGAUUAUUAUGGGAUUUGAUUUAGAGUCUUCAGAUAUAUUAAAUUUUAAGAAAAUGCAAGAUAAUUUUCCGACCGAAACUGACCUGUGUGGACUAUUUAAGUUUGGUGAAUGCAGCGAUACGGAAGCACAUAUGCAAGAGAUUUUAGCAUGCGUUGACAUUACAGACAAUCCCAUUCUCCUUAAAUGCAGUCAUAAAGGCGAUGAAUUUGAGUUAAAAGCAUCACAAUAUCGUAAUGGGAAGUUGGUUGAAAUUGAGUAUGAAGUGAUUUCUGAAGAGAUUUUAUAUCGUCAGUUCUUCUAUGCACGACUCCUUGGAUAUGUCGAAAUUGCAAUUGACAACAAUGUAAAAAGCAUUAAGAAUGAAUUUUUAAAUGUUCGCAAGAAAUUAGCUUCAGGCAAUGUUAUAUUUCAAUGUCAAGAUCACAGGAUAUUUUUCGAUACAGAUAAAGUCAUUGGACUAAAUCAGGAAGCUGUCAUGUUGGACUUACUAGAUGUUUUAAAAGUAAAGAAGCAAGAUGAAGGAAAGAAGUCAAAGAAGGAACAAAUUCCAACAGAUUUCACGACAAUUAACAUUAAUUGUUUAAUUAAAAAGUCUGAUGAAAAUGAGAAGAAUAGCCGUGCAGCAUUAAACUUCGUCUUGGAAAGAAAUAGAAUCUUAAUUCCGAUAAAAAUUGACGCUAUUGCAGCACUUCACAUUAAUACAAAAACUAUGGCACUUUAUGAUAUUCUUGUCGAGUCUUUAUGCCGCACAUUGAGAUUAGUUGAGGAAAAUGUCUUGGAACAGACAGAGAAAGUUUCAGUUCCAUCAACGUUUCAUUUUAAGCCCGAUAAUUUUGGACAUUUCUAUACAUGCAUUUAUGCUGAUUCCACACCUGAUGAUGAGAAGCAUCUAACAUCAAAAAGACGUGAAUUACAUCAGCAAUUAGGCAUAGCACUAACGCGACCUGUUUUUAGACGAUCAAAUAAUUAUAAUUUUAGUGUCACAAACAGCAGUUUAUUAGUAAAUCCACAUGUUGGUCUUAAAAGUUCUGUUAUUGGUGGUAAGCAGUCACUUGUACAAGGGAAAUACACGUAUCAUCACUACAUGCAGGAUAAUUUCAACGACGAUGGAUGGGGUUGUGCCUACCGAUCCCUUCAGACACUUUGUUCAUGGUUCAGAUUCCAAGGUUAUUCCAGUACUAAAGUUCCAAAUCACGAAGAAAUUCAACGUUAUUUAGUGAAAGUCGGCGAUAAGCCAUCGAAUUUUAUAAAUUCGCGUCAAUGGAUUGGAUCUAUGGAAGUGUCAACAUGCUUGCAUGGAUUUAUGAACGUUGAUUCUCGAAUUAUGCAUGUUACAUCGGGUUCAGAAUUGGCAUCAAAAGGCUCAGAAUUGGCAUAUCAUUUCGAGUCUCAAGGAACUCCAAUUAUGAUUGGUGGUGGCGUUUUAGCGCACACAAUUUUGGGAGUCGAUUUUAACAGCAAUACAGGAGAGCUGAAAUUCUUGAUUUUAGAUCCACAUUUUACAGGAUCAGAUGAUCUUCAAAUUGUGCAGAAUAAAGGUUGGUGUGGAUGGAAGAAUUCGAGUUUUUGGGAUAAGACAGCUUAUUACAAUUUAUGCAUGCCACAAAGACCAAUAAUGUUCUAAAUUAAAAUUUUUAUAAUCACCUGAUUUACAUUUAUUUAUGGAUAUUGGAUACUUUUUUGUUAUUCCUAAUUUUUUACUGUUUCAAGACUUUAAUUUUAUUGAAUAAAUUUUAUUAAUUCA